AUGAGCCCCCCCACCUUCCACUUCUCCGCAGUGCCUAGCUCACCGUUGUUCCCAUCUUUUCAUAUGAACGGCCGCUUUUUCCACCGCAUCUCAUGCUCUUUGAUUCGCAGAAGGCGGUUUCUCUUGCGAACCCAUUUGCUGACUCAUUCUCAUUUCCCGAAAGCCGAAGAUUCCAGCAUUUUUUCUGGUCCAUCGCCUCCGGCGGGGCGUUCUAUCGCUGGAUCGGCCAUUCCGGACGGGAUAGUUCUUCGUUUCUUCUCGUUCCCAGCUCUUCAGAAAUUCCAUCAGCCGUCGUCUUCAUCCGCUGUGUAUUAGAAGGCCUGCGCGCCGAACUUCUACCGUAGUCAUCAGAAUUUUCCUCCAUGGGUUUCCAUUAAAAGCACCAGAUUUCUCUCUUUUGCAGGGUAAUCAUGAAUUUUAACACAAUUUAUUUUUUUAAUUACUGAGAGCUUCUAAUAAUCUUAGAAACAGAAGCAAAUCGAUGAAGUGAUCAUCCCAAAACUCGCAAAUUUCAAUCUUUUCUAUCUUGUUCACCUAGCAAUGUGUUCCUGUUCAUCACCACCUCGCUGCGGCUGCAAAAUAAAGGCUGCCAAAGUGAUCCAGAAGGCUUCCGUCCUGGCGGUGGCAACCAUUCCUUGCGAACCACUUGAAAUCUAUCCCCACCGGAGACGACCGUCAGAGAUUUGAAAAGCUGCAGCAUUGUAAGGCCACUGGACUGCUUUGCCAAAGCUACUCCGGCGAGCAUUGGGCGCGCCGCCCAGUCUCUGCCCGGCGAGCAUUUGCCAAAGAUCACUAUACCCAGCUAGUGGACCGAGGUGGCCUGGUCAGCUACGGCCUAUUAAUCUGUCAGAAGAAAGUUUCUUAGCCACUGUCGGCUGGUACGAUAUAUUCGUGGCCGUUGACCGGCCUGGGUAGAGAAGGAUCGGCCUCGACGCGUUGUCCCUCGACUGAAGGUUAGCCAUAGCCAUAAAAGAAGGGUAGGGAGGGAGGGAGGUGGAAAAGCAGCGGCGGGGGUGCGCCCGCGCUCUGCAGAAACAGCGGCCUGCGCAGCGUAGAGAUCGCCAUACAUGGCAGUAGGUCGGAUAGUUGGGAUGCAGAAAGCGGAGAAGUGACUGUAGAGCGACAAUGGCUUUCUUUCAGCUGUGGUCAAAUCAGACGGACACACCGGAUAGAAGAAAUACCGGGGGGCUGCGGGCUACAGCUUGGUCUUGCAGCCGCUUCAGCCGCCGCUACAGCUUUCUAAAACAUUACAGGCUUAUGAGAAGGAAAUACGAGGGUCUCUCAGGGGAAGGGUAAAGGGGGAAGCUUGCCGACGACCCAACAAGGGUGGAAUCGUAAAAAGGAUCCAGCCUAGGCCGCCGGCGGUGGCGCCGCUCUCAGACGGCGAAGUUCUUGCCGGAGAAGGUCUGGCCGAACUUCCAGUCAGCGGGGGCGACGUUCCAGGAGGUGGAGGUACGGUGGUCGCUGCCGGUGAUGCGGAAGGAGAUGGACUGCCCCACGAGGACGGCGUUGGACUGCCAGUUCUGCCCCCAGUUGCGGCUCAUCGGUAUCCACCCGGUUUUGGAGCCCUUCACGCUCACCCGGAGCACGUCGCCGGCGCCGGCAACGUUCGUGAUGAGCACCAGGUUGAAGUACUUGAACCCAUUGAUGGUGAACCUGAUCCCCCCGGCCCUCCGGCACGGCACCCUGCACCGCCGCCACAUCCGAGAAGGUUUAUCAAGCCAACCCAAAAGCUACUUCCCCCGGAAGACGAUGAUGAACAUGGUACAGACCUGCGGUAAGCGACGGGGACGAUGCCGGCACGGUACUCGGCGAUCUUGAGGAACAUGGGCAUGGCGAGGUCGAAGUGGGGACGAGGAGGGUUGCACCAGCCGCCAUUGUCGGAGGGGAGGGCAAGGUUCGGGGGGCAGAAGUUGGUGGCGGUGAUGAAGAUGGAGGGGCUUCCGCUGUGGCACCACCGGGGAUCGUCGGCGCACUUGAUCUCGAAGCAAGACCCGCAGCUCAGCCCGUCGUUGAAGAGGGCCGUGCUCAGCGCUGCAGUCUCCACGCCGUAGCCCUGACUGUACAGGUUGCCAUACCCGCAUGCCCCCCCUGGAGAACCAGAGCCAAGAGAGAGCAAACCAUCAGUAAGGAACGAUUCCCAGUGAAUAUUCCCUCACAAUGCGGGGGGAAGGAGGAGGCGGAGCGAAGAAGGGAAGGUGAGGAGAGGUACCCAUGGUGCCGGAGGCGUCGCUGCCGCCGUAGAAGGUGGCGUGGGCGCUCUCCCAGGGCCCGCCGGAGUACACACCGGGAAUGCGGGCGUGGGCGGAGGCCAUUAAGGUAG